AUGGCCGACUCUCUGACCGAAGAACAAGUCUCCGAGUUCAAGGAGGCAUUCUCCCUCUUUGACAAGGACGGCGAUGGACAAAUCACGACAAAGGAGCUGGGCACCGUCAUGCGCUCCCUGGGCCAGAACCCUUCCGAGUCUGAGCUGCAGGACAUGAUCAACGAGGUUGAUGCCGACAACAAUGGAACCAUUGACUUUCCCGAGUUCUUGACCAUGAUGGCUCGCAAAAUGAAGGACACCGAUUCCGAGGAGGAGAUCCGCGAGGCUUUCAAGGUCUUCGAUCGUGACAACAACGGCUUCAUCUCUGCCGCUGAGCUGCGCCACGUAAUGACCUCCAUCGGUGAGAAGCUCACCGACGACGAGGUGGAUGAGAUGAUUCGCGAGGCUGACCAGGACGGCGAUGGCCGUAUCGACUACAACGAGUUUGUCCAGCUCAUGAUGCAAAAGUAA